AUGUCAAACAAAGACCCUCCCCCGCCUCCAGCUCCUCCCUCUGGCCCAUUCACAGUCUACUCCAGCGUCGCGAAGCAGGGUGGCACGGGCUCAGUCAAGACUCUAACAGCAAAAACAAACAUCGACAACUUCGUCCGUCAGCUUAGCUCAAGCAGUCUCGUCUUUCCCAGAGCGCCAACAUCCCCUUCUCCUGAGACGAUCCCUUUGGACCCAUCUGAUAUCACCUUCAAAUGGCUUACGCUCCUCGAUCCCAAGGGCACCGUGAGUGCAGGUUUUCAUGAUGCCGCCACUCAAGACAUCGAUAACUUUCAGGUCCGCAUGGCAGCCCCUUGGGAUCUGGUGUUCAGUUCUGCGCCCACAUUCCUUGUAACGACAUUUGGUUCUGAGGGCAAUCCGGGUUUAGCACCUGUGUCCAAGGUCCCCGUACCUGGGUUGAAGGAUACUGGCAGUCUUCUGUACAUGGGCCUCGACCCAACGACCACGCCCGUCACGUCGUCUGUGAAGGAACUCUUCGCCUUCGCUGGGCUGAAGUCACCGCCUCUCUCUGAGUUUGCGCCUUGGGGUGUCACGCUGCGGGUAUCAAGCGAUCCAGCCAAGCCGAUUCGUAACGCGCUUUGGUACAGCCCACUCAACUACGAUCAGACCAUUUUCCGUCUGCAGUUCAGUCUCAGUGACGCAGAUAGAGCCACCUUGCAAAGCUACAUUGCCAAAGCACUUCCAUCCCUCGAGUUCAGAAAUGUGGAUUUCAUCUGCCGCCGCACCAUCACCGGUAUGACUACAGGUGGCAAGAUAUCAGCUUCCGCCCAAGGUGAAGUCCUGAUCGAGACAGAGUGUCAUCUUUUGCCCAAAGGCCAUGAUCUUCAGAUCAGAGCGCGAAUCAGCAUUUUCCAUGACCAGUACCAUCUAACGUUCCAGCUCGACGAGCAGAUCAAAGGUCACUCUGCCCUGGGAGACAUACUGGCCCGGCUUGCAGAGUGUGUAGGGCUUCAGUCCGAUGACUUCAAUUUUGUGACGGACAUGCUUAUGCAGCAGGAUGGGAAGGCCUUUGGGGAUGCGCUGGAGUUGCGCCAGAUCCAGAUUGCUCUCGGCACUGAUGACGGCGGCAAGACAACCAAGUUGAUGUCUUUUAGUGUCGACAUUCAGGCCACGGCAACAUUUGGGCAUGAGAAUGGCCCUGAUGGCAAUCCCAAGGACGCAGACCCUGUUGUCUUUCUGCUGACGUACUUGUGGGAGAGGGGAGGACCAACAUUCGGGUCGAUUAGAGGGAGCUUGUGGAAUGGGAAGCGCCCUAUUUUCUUACCUAUUUUUCUCUUCCCAUCGACUUCAACGAUAGCCCUGACAGGAACUUGGCGCCUGGGUUCGAGGAAAUCAACUCUCGUCCCCACUCUCGCCAAAGUCCGCAAGGCCAUCAGCAUCCCGGGCCUCAUCCCAGGCUUGAACAUCGAGAACGUGCCACACAAUAUUCCCACUGAUAUCAGCAGAGCCUACAUCGUGCUCAACCAAAGCAGUAUAGCCGUGGGCGGUACUGUCCAGUCGCUGGAUUUUACCUCCCAGGAUAAAGACUACCCCGUACCACAGCUUAAUCUUGGAUGGGUCAGCAUCGACGCUUCGUACAACUGGACCAAAGGGGCAACAUCUCCUCUCAACGUCAAGGCCUCCUUUCUCGCCGAGCUCAGGCCGUCCAAGAAUGCUACACACAAGGAGCCUGCCACGCUCGUGGGCGCCAUGGUCUAUGAUAGUGGCAAGUGGACUUUGAGCGCUGACCUGGAAGGACUAUAUCUCUCUUCUCUCUACAACUUCUUUUUCCAGAUGCCAUCGAACGCCGACCCCGAUGCAACUGGCGAAGCAGAUCACGUUCUCCCGCUCAUCGAGGCCAUCGAGAUUGAAAGCAUGAAGCUCACCUACGUCUAUGACAAGACGCCUACUACGGGAGACCAAGUUGUUGGCAGCUCAUUCACCUUUGACGGAAUUUUGAAUGUCUCUGAUUUGCAGCUCAAACUUCAUUUCUCGUAUGAGAAGAAGGCCUCUGAGUUCCGAGCAACGUUACAUGCCGGAUCGGCGACAACCAUUGGGAAGAUCAUCGAAGAUCUCGUCGGAGAUUGCAUCGACGUCCCAGAGUUCUUGUACGACGCCAAACUAGAUCCAGCAAAAGACGGCCUUGAGAUCGGUGUCAUGAAGGGCUCAUCGGCAAAGCCAGGCACCCCUGCACCAUUCCACUUUGUGGCCAAGCUCACGGUGAAUUUCCCCAAAGAUGUCCAAAUCACGUUGACCUUCGCCCAGUGGCAUGGUAGCAACUGGUCUGCUUCAGAACCGUCCAAGAAGCCGAUCAAGGCCGCUCUGACCGGCAUCCCCCAUGUGUCCAUCCCUCUUGUUGGCGAUAUCACGCAGCCAUUUGACGAGAUGUACUUCAUGCAUGUGAUCGACGGUACCAAGAAGAAGUCAUCCCAGCAACUUCCUGGCAUAAGUCGCAAGGAGAAGGAUGAUCUCAAUCUGGAUGAAGCAUUCAAGGCUCAUCCUCUCGUUGUCAAGGAUAAAUCCAAGGAUACCAGCGAUGAUGUAGUGGUCAUCACUGCAGGCGCGCACCUCGCGAUUGUCAUCAAGAACGAGAGAGGCGAGAGAGUCUGCAUCCUCGACUACAACUUCAAGAAGCAAAAGACUGUCGGAGAUGGAAAGGAGAACACCAAAAAGCGAACCAUCCCGGCGGGGGGAGAAAGCAAGGAACCUGCAAAGAAGGACUCGGACGGCAGCGCGGCCUCGGCGCCUCUGAAAAAGAAGAUGGGCGGCCUAUCCAUCAGCGAUAUCGGUCUCAAAUACGAGAACAAGAUUCUCAGCAUCUCUUUUACCGCCACCAUGGAACUCGGUCCCGUGGGCUUCAGUCUCAUCGGGUUCGCUCUCAACAUGGAGCUAACGAGCCUCAAUCUGAGCGAUAUCAGGAUGCUGCCUCCUAGCCUGGAAGGCUUCUCAGUUGUUUUCGAGCGCAAGCCCCUUUCCAUUGCCGGCAUCAUCCGCCAUGGAAAGACUCCCGAACUUGAGUACUACGCCGGUGGACUCAUCGUCGGAUGGACGCCCUACCAACUCGAGGCAGCAGGCUUCUAUGGCAAAGCCAAGCCCGAGGGACGAGACCCCUUCGUCUCCGUCUUCGUUUUUGCAAAGCUUGCGGGACCGCUUGUCUCGCUUGAAUUCGCAGAGAUCUCUGGCGUGACGGGAGGGUUUGGAUACAAUUCCAGCGUCCGCGUGCCCACAGCCGAUCAGAUUCCCUCGUUUCCCUUCAUUGAUCAGCAUUCCACGGAUAAUGCCGGCGAUGCACUGGAAGCGCUGCAGAAGCUGACCAGCGCGGGACAGGAUGCGUGGUUCCAGCCUUUGCCGGAUACGUAUUGGGCAGCAGCGGGCAUGAAGAUUGAUGCCUUCCAGACGAUCGCGCUUGACGCUGUUGUCGUUGUACAGUUCGGCACUUCUAUCAAGCUGGGCAUAUUUGGUGUUGCAUUAGUCGAUGUUCCUAGCAGCCUGUCAGACUUCAAGUUUGCCCAUGUUGAGCUCGGCCUCGCUGUUGUCGCCAAUGUGGGCAACUUUGUCUUCUCCCUCGGGGGUUAUCACCAGGCUUUCAAAGUUCCAGUCGGAUGGCCUGUCCCAGAUCGCCUCAAAAUCAGCUGGGGUCUGGGCAACAACCUGUCCAUCUCGGGAGAAGCCUUCUUUGCCAUCACACCCAAAGUUUGCAUGGGAGGUGGCAGACUUCGAGCUUCCUACUCCGCCGGGCCCAUAGCAGCUUGGUUCGACGCUUUUGCCAAUUUCCUGAUCCAAUACCAGCCUUUCCACUUUGCAUCAGAAGCAGGCAUUUGCAUCGGCGCAAGCUUCAACCUGGACAUCUGGUUCAUUCACAUCCACAUCUCGGUCGAAGUGUCAGCAGAUCUAUACCUCUGGGGCCCCCCCUUGGCGGGCAUUGUCUCUGUCAACAUCAAAGUAGCCAGAUUCAACAUUCACUUCGGCGAUGACAACAACGGACCCGGUGCACUGCAGCUCGACCAGUUCUUUGACCUUGUCUUGCAGGCUUCUAGCAAGAAGAAGGCAGCAACCACCACCACCCCCAUGUUGGUCGCAAUACCCAUCAUUCCAAUCAUGGAACCGGAUCAAGCAGCCAGGUUCAAAAGGAUGUCUGACAACGUGGGACAUACCUUCCUGGCGCGGUUCGGCCUCAUGAACGAUACCUCUGAUCCCAAGCGCGAGCAGAACGCGGAGUGGGUAGUCAGGGGCGGCACAUUCAGCUUUUCCAUCGGUUGCAAGAUGAUGGUUGACGACGUGAAGCUUGUAGGCAACAGCAAAGAAGACAUCAACUCCAAGGCCUCCGGGGCAGGCAGCAUAUACGCCAAACCGAUGAAGACCGAUUCCUCCCUUGCCUCGCACAUGACUGUGCGGAUCACCCAGACCCAAGGGAAGCAGGUAUGGGGAAUGAGACGGGAGUACAAGUCUGUUCCUACUGGUUUGUGGCAAAAGUACGACUCAUCAAAAGACCCCUUGAACGGAAAGGCAAAUAACAACAUUGACGACUAUCUCAACGACAAAGACGGAGGGAUGAAGCUAAUGAGCGGCAUCUUGCUUUCUGCUCCUCCACCCAAGAUGUCGGAUGAUAAGCUCAAGGUGUUUGACAUCAUCGACUCGACGCUCAUGGAGAUUGAGUCUGAUAGGCAGUUCCCUCUUCCAACAGACUGCCAUAAAGACUGGGAUCCUCACCCGCCAAGGAACGAGGAGGACGAUGAUGAGUGGACGGUUGUGCAGAAGAGGUGGAAGACACCUCUGUGGAACACGGAUAAUGAGCCUAAGCACAGUGCUGUUUCCCUUGCAGUCGAUUCGAGCCCAGAGGCUGCUGCUCAGCCUAUUGUUCCAAUGGAACCCAAGACGCGAGACGUACAGACUGAUUUUGUUUCUGCUUUUGUCCAUGCUUUUAAUUGGGAUGCUGGCUUGAAGUUACCUAGCCUGGCCAAGAUGCCUCGGAAGCUGGAAAAGAGGUUUGGAGAUUUGUUUGUCGUUCCACCGAUGAUGACUGCUUAG